AUGCUCAACAUAGGCGGUGUUUUCACAUGCUUGUCGGCGGAUGCAGGCAAUGAGUUUCUCGCUGCGGGUAGAUCAAAUGGAUACAGUGUGUUUUCUCUCAAUCCUCUUCAGGAGAUUUGUCGUAGGACGUUGCCAAGUGAAAAUGGUGUACGUCUCUUAGCUAUUGCACCCAGCCUUCCGAUAAUCGCUAUGGUAGGAGGGAGCUCAAAGGUAUUAAGUGCACAGCUGAAGUCUGCUUGUAACUCUGCGGAAUCCGUUAAGAUCCGUGGCAUGGAGCACGCAGACACUCCAGAGCUUAUGGCCCCUAACGAGGUCUUCAUCCUUAACGAUUCGUCUGGUGAGAUGUUAAACCGACUCAAAUACGGUUCUUGUGUGUCGAAUAUAUCCAUUCAUAAGAGUUUUCUUUUUGUGCAAGCUGGAACAAAGCUUUUUAUCCAUCGACUAUCAUCUCUGGAGUUGAUCCAUACACUGACACUUGCAUGCACCAGGCUCGAAUCCAGUGGAGCCUCUGCUGUGAGUGUGGCAGUUCCUUCAGACGACUGCAUUAUUAUUGCCACCCCCAGCUCUGUCGUUGGAUCGGUGGACAUUUAUAGGUUGACACAAGAAGAAAAUGCAUCGGAGUUUAAGCGUAAGACGGUGACCAUUAGUGCGCAUAAGACGGAAGUGGCCUGCUUCGCCCUGUCUCCAGAUGGGAUCUAUUUGGCGUCUGUUUCUAGUCACGGAACAAAGAUACGCCUCUACCGGACGAUAAACGGAGCUGAAGCAGGGUCUUUGCGACGCGGCAUUAGCUCUGCGGUGGUGGUCUCCUUGGCCUUUGACGCCAGCUCGACGCGCUUGGCGUCAUCUUCCUGCAAUGGGACUGUUCACGUGUUUGAUGUUGUAGCGUGCAGGGGUCCAUCAGAUGACAAGCACAAGGAGGUCCGUUCGUUUAAUACAUACAGAUUUGCUGAGAAAGCCUUAAAAGAGAGGGCAGGACUUAUCAUGACAUCGUCUUCCUUCUGGGUUUUGUUAGAAAGCGGGGAGAUUCAUAAUGUAGGCUUUUCCUCUACUGCUAACUGUAUACUGCAAAGCGUUUGGAGUCUUAAGUGA